GACGGGACAUGCUAGGUGCACCCACCUUUAUUGCUGGUGCACCCAGCAAUUUAAUGAAUGGGUCAUUUUGUCUUUUAUGUAAAAAUUUAAAAAAGCGUUCCUCCUCUCGAAAGAACCACGCGCUCCUUCAUGCUGCUUCUUUUCUUCUUCCUGUUCCUGGCGCUUCCUCUUCUCCGCGAGACCCGCGAGCCCGACUACUUCUUUUGCUUCGAUCAGACGCAUUUUGCCUUCGAGAUCAUGGUUAGAACACGAGGUUUAGGUCGUGCUAUAGGUACAAUUAUAAGCAGAGAUAGACAGGAUGAACAUGAUGCAGUUGAUGUUCCCGAGAGGCAUAGGCCUACUGUAUCAGCCCGUAGGCAACGGGUUCAUCAGAUGACUGAGGAUGUUCCUGACAUGACUGAGGAUGUCCCUGAUAUUGCUGAGGAUGCACCUGAGAUGACUGCAGACGUACAGGGUGAUGAUGGUGCUGAGGGGUCACAUGCUGAUGAUGCUGAGGGAUUCCCAGGUGGGCCACGUGACCCAUCAGUGCUGACAUCAUUUGCGGACCAUGUUGCACAUGCCAUUUGGAGUAGACAGGAACGUCCUGAGUUGAAGUUGGUGUCGCAUGGGAGGAAGGUGACAUUAAUUGGGAGGCUAGUGCCUGAGAUUGAAGGACUGGUUGGUGCCACAGGAUUAAGUCCAUUGAUCAGGUGUUCAGUUGUUAUCGGCGAUCCUGGACUUAUAUCCGCAUUUGUGGAGAGGUGGCACAGCGAGACCAGCACUUUCCACCUUCCAGUAGGAGAGUUGACGAUCACAUUGGAUGAUGUGUCAUCACUCCUUUCAUUUGCCUAUCAGUGGCGCGUUCCACAGCUUUCAUGCUCUUUCUGUGGACGAGGUGAUAUUUUUGUUGACUGAGUUGCUUAAGGUGUUUGCUGAGGAGGCUAGAGUCGAGACAGCAUGAUCACGUAGGGCAUACGUACGACUGGGAUGAGUUUGAGACAUCUAUGAGAUGAGAUGUGAGGCCCGGUGGUGGAUUGUAGCUGCUUGUGCUUAUCUGCUGCACCUGGUUGGUUGCACUCUUUUUGCUAACAAGAGUGCAACUUAUGUUCAUGUGGUGCACCUAGAGGCUUUUCGCGACCUGGGUUAGAGUGGUGGUUAUGCCUGGGGAGUUGCCGCGCUAGUUCAUAUGUAUGACCAGUUUGAUGAAGCUUCUAGGACCACUACACGACAGAUUGCAGGGUACCUGACUUUAUUACAGUGUGCAUCAGUGUGUCACAGAUGAUGCAUACCAGGAGACGUCCCCACGUGCUUCCUGGUGGCUGACGUCAAAGGCGCAUAUGAAGGGAAUUACAGGAGCACCGUACCGGGCACGUUGUGAUGCUUUGACGGUCACAGAUGUGUGCUGGUUGCCUUACACUGAGCAUGGAGGGGUUAGGGGCUUUGAGCUGAUUUCAUCAUUCUAGGGUCAACUGAUAUGGGGUCCUAUGGUGGUCACAGCUCGAUCGGAGAGGGUGUUACGACAGUUUGGUUACAUUCAGAGCAUCCCUCCGCCGCCUGUUAGCGCUUCAUUGUCAUAUGAUGAUAUAGAUGACAGGCACGUGACCAGCCCAGACAUGCACCUGCCGCAGACCCUGAGGAGUACUUGCAGCCGCCCAUCCCACAGGUUCUAGUGGCAUUUGACCCCCCUCCACAUGCAGUGGUAAGAUUAUUUGCGCGUUUAAUGUUUGAUGAGUUGUUAUUUAUUUUAAAUUUUAUAAUAAAUGUUUUUAAUGACUGUCACAUGAUGAUUACGACGACUAUGAGGCGAUCGUAGAGAGGUUAGAGCGUGUGCUCAACCUUAGGAUGUUCACUGUAGGCACAAAGUUACAUGAUAUUAUGUAGGAUUGCCUCACAAUCGCCAGAGGGGGUGCCAGUAUAGAUGGAAGUGUCAGGGCUCGACAGAGACGGCGCACAGAGCAUUGAUUAUUGUUUUUAUGUUUAGUUUUGUAGUUGACUUAAUUUUUUGUAUUUGUUACACUUUUUAGUUUAAUAUAGUUGACUUGUUUUGCA